AUGUCUUUCCUUUUCGGUGGCCAGCCCAAGAUGACAUCGGAGCAGAAGAUUGCUCAAGCCGAGACCGAAGUCGAGAUGAUCUCAGACAUGUUCAACCGCUUGAGCGAGUCCUGCACUAAGAAGUGUGUCCCCGUCGACUACCGUGAGGGUGACCUGAACAAGGGCGAGUCCGUCUGCUUGGACCGCUGCGUCUCCAAGUUCUUCGAUGUCAACAUCAAGGUCAGCGAGAAGAUGCAGGGUGAUGCUACCCAGAAGCAGCAGGCCUUUGGCAUGUAA